GAAAAAAUGGUAGAACAGAGGUUAAAUCAACUACUGUAAAGAAAGCUAAAAGUAGCAUUCUUUCUAGUUUCAAAAAAAAUAUACCAGCUACAGUUGAGAAGAUUUUCAACUAUUUAAAGCUCGAAGAAAUUGAUAUUGAUUGUAAUCCUUUCGA